UUUGUUGCUCACAGCAGUGCACCAGUGGUAGGUAGUAAACAGUACAGCUGUUUUGCCUGUUUUGAGGAUUUUGCGCUCGUGGUAAGGAGAAUAGGUGAGAGAUGGGGCCAAAAGUUUUCUUUGGCUGCGGCGUUUGUGCAAAUUCCUGUCCCUUUCCUUACUCCUACGCUCAGUCCUCCACUCUUCUCUAGAAAUAGAUUACGAUCCUCUCUUCCUCCUUUCGUAAUCAACUCGCACAAAUAUGGCUAUCUUCCUAUGCUUCCUUUACUUUCUCUUCUCCUCUGCAGCUGCUUGCGACAGAUGUGUACAUCAAUCCAAAGCAACUUAUUUCUCCUCUUCUGCUCCCCUUUCCUCUGGCUCUUGUGGGUAUAGCUCCUUGGCCUUGGGCUUUAAUGGUGGACACCUUGCAGCUGCUGUUCCUUCCAUUUACAGAGGUGGAGUUGGCUGUGGAGGUUGCUUUCAGAUAAGGUGCAAGAACCAGACCCUUUGUAGCAGAGGAGGGACUAAAGUUAUUUUAACAGAUCUUAAUAAGAAGAACCAAACAGAUUUCGUCCUCAGUGGGAGAGCUUUCAUGGCUAUGGCCAAUAAGGGUAUGACACGAGACAUUUUGAAGCUUGGGAUUAUCGGUGUGGAAUAUAAAAGGAUACCCUGUGAUUAUAAAAACCAAAAUCUGUCUGUAAGAGUCGAAGAGACGAGUCAAAAACCACACUAUUUAGCAAUCAAGUUUCUGUUCCAAGGUGGUCAAACGGACAUUAUGGGCGUCGAUGUAGCUCAGGUUGGUUCUUCAAGUUGGAAUUUCAUGAGCAGAAAAUAUGGGGCAGUGUGGGACACAAGUAGAGUUCCAGCAGGAUCGUUGCAGUUCCGGUUGGUGGUGACGGGAGGAUAUGACGGGAAGUGGGUGUGGGCACCUAAAGUCCUCCCGGCUGAUUGGAAGGCUGGAGUUGUCUACGAUACAGGUGUUCAAAUCAGUGACAUAGCCCAAGAAGGUUGCUCCACUUGCGAUGAUAAGGAGUGGAAGUAGUAGUAGUUGUACAUAGUGCUUUAGUCCAUACUCUAGGUUGAUUGAUUUUUAGUUGAUUAAAGAAACAACCAAAUAAAGCUAGUACUGGUUAUAAACAUGUUCACAUUUAUGUGAAUAUUUUAUAAAAUCUCCUCUCUCUCUCUC